GGCACUUAAAGUUGGCAUUCAUGUUAAGUGACAGACGUCAUAAAUAGUCAACUAGCAAUUUGCAAAAGCUUGUGAUUUUUAACUUGAUUUCGAACAAUUUUCAAAAUGUUUGGCGGUGGGCGUGCUCCGAUUUUGGUUCUGAGUCAGAAUACCAAGCGAGAAUCUGGCCGAAAAGUUCAGGUGGAGAACAUAAAUGCCGGAAAGCAAAUUGCUGAUGUCAUCCGGACAUGUCUGGGGCCACAGGCUAUGUUGAAAAUGCUGAUGGAUCCCAUGGGGGGCAUUGUAAUGACCAACGAUGGAAAUGCCAUUUUGAGGGAGAUCACCGUGCAACAUCCAGCUGCCAAAAGCAUGAUAGAAAUUGCCAGGACUCAAGAUGAGGAGGUUGGUGAUGGAACAACUUCAGUUAUAGUAUUGGCUGGGGAAAUGUUGGCUGCCGCUGAACAAUUUCUGGAGCAACAAAUGCACCCCACAGUCAUCAUCCGGCAGUAUCGGCAAGCUCUUGAAGAUAUCAUAACAUUGCUGGAAGGUCCUCUGAGUGUGCCCAUAGACAAGAAUGACAAAGCUGCACUCGCCAAUGUCGUGAAAGGUUGUAUUGGUACUAAGUUUAUUAGUAAAUGGUCGGAUUUGGCUGUAAACAUUGCGCUGGACGCUGUGCAAACUGUAAUGCUUGAAGAAAAUGGCAGAACUGAGGUGGAUAUCAAAAGAUACGCCAAAGUAGAGAAGGUCCCUGGAGGCUCUAUUGAAGAUUCUCAAAUUUUGAGUGGCGUUAUGUUGAAUAAAGAUGUAACUCAUCCGAAAAUGAGAAGAUAUAUUGAGAAUCCUAAAAUAAUUCUUCUGGAUUGUUCUCUGGAAUAUAAAAAAGGGGAAUCUCAAACCAAUGUGGAAAUUACUUCAGAAGGUGAUUUUACCAAAAUGCUUGAGUUAGAAGAGGAACAUGUGAGGAGGCAAUGCGAUGAUAUAAUUGCUCUUAAACCAGACAUUAUUUUCACCGAAAAAGGAGUUUCCGAUCUUGCUCAACAUUUCUUGUUGAAAGCUGGAAUAACGGCUGUUCGUCGCGUCCGCAAGUCUGAUAACAACAGAAUUGCUCGCGCUUGUGGUGCCACUAUUGUUAAUAGAACGGAGGAACUUCAAGAAUCCGACAUUGGUACCGGAGCAGGUCUCUUUGAAAUUAAGAAAAUGGGCGACGAAUACUUUUGCUACGUUACUAAAUGCAAAAAUCCCAAGGCCUGCACAAUCCUUCUGCGCGGCGCCAGUAAAGAUAUUCUGAACGAAACGGAAAGAAACUUGCAAGACGCUCUGCAAGUGGCCAGAAAUAUUGUGCUGUCUCCUCGCCUGGUGCCAGGAGGAGGAGCAAUCGAAAUGGCUAUCGCUCAAAGAUUAUUGCAGAAUGCCACUCAUGGACCUUACAGAGCUUUGGCUCAUGCUUUGGAAAUUAUUCCGCGAACAUUGGCUCAGAACUGUGGUGCAAACACAAUCAAAACGUUGACUGCUUUGAGGGCAAAACACGCUAAUCAUACCGAUGCGGAAACUCCUUGCACAUGGGGAAUAGAUGGCGAAUCUGGCGAGCUGGUGGAACAGAAGGAAAAGGGACUUUGGGAGCCGUUGGCAGUGAAACUCCAGACCUACAAGACAGCCAUCGAGACCGCGAUUUUGUUGUUGCGUAUCGAUGAUAUCGUUUCGGGCUCCAAGAAGAAGGACAAGGAGGGCGCCACUCCAAGCCAAAUGGCCAAUCAAGAGGCUGCAGGCAUGCAGGAAUAAAUUUAAAGUAUUUUUGCAUUUUGUAUUUUGCAACAUUUUAAUUAGCUUGAUAAUUAAUAUCUAAGUAACUUAGGUAGACGCAUUUUGUAGUUCAUUUACGCGAUUACUUAAGUUCUUACAUCACUGUUAAAUAUUUUAUUAGUAAGAUAUUUAGUUCUGAUGGAAAACGCCAAUAAAAAAACUAAACUGUUUUUCUAACUCAAA